GCGGGACACCGGGAGGCCCGAUGACACGGCUCUGGUUCUCCCAGCACGGCGAGCAUCACAAGGGCUCUGCUGGCCCCCCGUUCCCAGCGCGGAGCUCGGCACACGCAGGUCCCGCAGGACGGUGACACCGCCGGAUUUGUGCCGUGCCUCCCUGCCCCGAUGCAAGGAGCUGUGAAACCCGUCCCCUCUCACCAGCCCAACACCGUGUUGUUUUCCUCUGGUUCCGAGAGAGCAUCAAGGACGUGCUCCCCUCGCUGCCCUCCCAGGACGACUAUUUCCUCUUGAAAUGGCUCCGAGCUCGCGGCUUCGACCUGCCCAAGUCAGAGGCCAUGAUCCGCAAGCACGUGGACGUCCGCAAACGCAUGGAUGCCGACAACAUCGUGGCCUGGGAGGCACCUGAGGUGAUCAGGAAAUACAUGCCCGGAGGCAUGUGUGGAUACGACCGGGAGGGCAGCCCCGUCUGGUACAACAUUGUCGGGCCGAUGGAUCCCAAGGGGCUGCUCUUCUCCGCCUCCAAGCAGGACCUGAUGAAGAACAUGUUCCGUGAUUGUGAGCUGCUGCGGCUGAAAUGUGAGAAGCAGAGCCAGAAGCUGGGCAAGAAAGUAGAGACGGUGCUGCUGGUCUGUGACUGUGAAGGCCUGGGCUUGAAGCACCUCUGGAAGCCAAUGGUGGAACUAAAUGGAGAGCUUAUGCAGAUGUUUGAGGAGAAUUUCCCUGAGUCCUUGAAGGGCAUGAUUGUCAUAAAGGCUCCCAAGAUCUUCCCUGUGGCCUACAACCUGGUCAAGCACUUCCUGAGCGAGGACACUCGCAAGAAGGUCAUGGUGCUUGGAUCCAACUGGAAGGAGGUGCUGCAGCAGUACAUCGAGCCCUCGCAGAUCCCGGCGGAGUACGGGGGCACGCUGACGGACCCCGACGGGAACCCCAAGUGCCCCAGCAAGAUCAACUACGGAGGGGACGUGCCGAAGCGGUACUACGUGCGGGAUCAGCUGGCGCAGCCCUACGAGCACACGGCGGUGGUCAACAGGGGCUCGUCCCACCAGGUGGAGUACGAGAUCCUCGCCCCCGGCUGCGUGCUCAGGUGGCAGUUCAAGUCGGAAGGGGCCGACGUGGGCUUCGGGGUGUACCUGAAGACGAAGGUCGGGGAGCGGCAGCGGGCGGGCGACAUGACCGAGGUGUUCCCCAGCCAGCGCUACAACGCGCACAUGGUGCCCGAGGACGGCUCCCUCACCUGCUCCACGCCCGGCAUCUACGUGCUGCGCUUCGACAACACCUACAGCUACAUCCACGCCAAGAAGGUGAGCUACAGCGUGGAGGUGCUGCUGCCCGACGCCGACGCCGCCUCGGCCCAGCAGCUCCAGCAGCUCCAGCAGCUCCAGCAGCUCGGGGACAAGCCGGGCGAGGCGUCCCCGGGCCACAGCCCGUGAUGGCGGCGCCGAGGACGGAAGAAGGGCGGCCGGUGCCCCGCGGCUCAGGGACCCGGGGCGCCGUGCCCGGGGCCGUCGGCCCCUCUGUGCCUUACGCGGCCCCUACCGGCGGGGCCGGCUGCGGUCGCGGCAGUAAAGGGACGGACGGUG